GGAGAGUGGAUAUAGUGAAUGCAGGGUCUGGGGAGAGCGGAUAUAGUGAAUGCAGGGUCCGGGGAGACUAGAUAUAGUGAAUGCGGGGUCCGGGGAGAGCAGAUAUAGUGAAUGCGGGGUCCGGGGAGAGCGGAUAUAGUGAAUGCGGGGUCCGGGGGAGAGCGGAUAUAGUGAAUGCGGGGUCCGGGGAGAGCGGAUAUAGUGAAUGCGGGGUCCGGGGAGAGCGGAUAUAGUGAAUGCGGGGUCCGGGGAGAGCGGAUAUACUUUAGUGCUUCUGCUGUGAUCUUUGAGGAAGAAUUGU